AGGUAAAUUCCUUGUUUCCUUCCCUAGCUCCAAUCCUUUUCACCGAUCGGACUCUAGUCUAUACUUCACAAGCGAGGUCCUUGCUCCAUGAGCAUUUCUUGUUCGGGUCAACCCAUUUUAUGUAUCUGGGCCUUUUCGUUUUUAAUUGGUAUCCCGAAAUUUGAUUGUACAAACCUUUUGGAUCUGUAUAUACUAAGAAUUCUCGAUCUUUUAGUGGGCUUCUUCAGUUUGUUGGGUACUGUAGAGUUCCAGAUAUAAUGGGUAUUAGAAAUGAACUCUAUUUAUCUAUUUGGUCCCAGAGUUUUUCGCAAAAUAUCCUAUUUUUUGGUAAUUUCUCGAGAGUUCUGCGACUGCAGCUUUAAUGGUGAUAAGGUUGAUAAUGGGUUUCGAUUAAUUGAGGAACCCUUGAAAAGAGCGUGGAGAUAUUCAGAUUUUGAUCCUAUUUCGGAAGAAAAACCGAGCACCAAUGUGGAUGAAACGCGUGUCCGGGGACAUUUCUCAGCGAGGCGGGUUUUCUUUGAUAAUGUCAAGAUUGAUGCUAGGAAGGUUCUUGAUGUUCUCGAGCAAGAUGGCCCAGGGUUUGAUACGAAAUUGGCUCUAGACGAGUUGUAUUUAAGGCUUUCGGGGCUUCUCGUCAGGGAAGUUCUAUUGGGGAUUUUGCGGAAUGUAAAUCAUUCUAAUAAGUUGCGGUGUGCGAAAUUAGGGUAUAAGUUUUUCGUGUGGUCUGAUCAGCAGGAGAAUUACAGGCACACGUUGAAUUCUUACCAUUUAAUAAUGAAGAUAUUUGCAGAUUGUGAGGAGUUUAAGGCAAUGUGGAGGCUAGUUGAUGACAUGACUGAAAAUGGGUUUCCAACUACCGCACGAACAUUUAACAUAUUGAUAUGUACUUGUGGUGGGGCAGGAUUGGCAAGGAAAGUUGUGGAGAGGUUCAUCAAAUCAAAGACAUUUAAUUAUCGGCCGUUUAAACAUUCAUACAAUGCAAUUCUAGUUUCCCUUCUCACGGUAAACCAAUACAAGUUGAUUGACUGGGUGUAUCAACAUAUGUUACGUGAGGGUCAUUCUCCAGAUAUCCUAACUUAUAAUGUUGUCAUGUGUGCAAAGUAUAGGUUGGGGAAGUUGGAUCAGUUCCAUAGACUGCUUGAUGAAAUGGGUAGAAGUGGAUAUUCUCCAGACUUUCAUACGUAUAAUAUUCUUCUUCAUGUUCUAGGUAAAGGAGACAAACCGCUGGCAGCACUUAAUCUUUUGAAUCACAUGAAGGAAGUGGGUUUUGAUCCAAGUGUUCUUCACUUCACUACAUUGAUAGACGGACUUAGCCGGGCUGGAAAUCUGGAUGCCUGCAACUAUUUUUUCACUGAAAUGAUAAAGAAUGGUUGUACACCAGAUGUGGUCUGUUACACUGUGAUGAUCACAGGAUAUAUUGUGGCUGGGGAGUUUGAAAAAGCUCAGGAAAUGUUUGAUGGAAUGAUAAUCCAGGGACAUCUUCCAAAUGUAUUCACGUACAAUUCCAUGAUUCGUGGGUUUUGUAUGGCAGGAAAAUUUGAGGAGGCAUGUUCAAUGGUUAAGGAAAUGGAAUCUAGAGGUUGUAAUCCAAAUUUCCUUGUGUACAGCACACUAGUGAGUAAUUUGAGAAAUGCUGGAAAACUUUCUGAAGCUCAUGAUGUAAUAAGACAUAUGGUGGCAAAGGGGCAGUAUGUUCAUCUUCUCUCGAAGUUCAAGAAAUAUAGGAGAUGCUGAAGCUGCAGAAUAUUUAUUGGGAGAUUAUUCUCUUGUAACCUCAUAGGAACAUAACUUAUUCAAUUCAUCCAGUUCAGUUGACACCAUGUACUCUCAGCUAUUGUUAUCAUAGAAGCAAAAAGAGUAAA